AUGACCAGCAUAGCCAGGCGGAACGGAUGCGGGACACGGCGGCAGAGACGGCCAACGGUCGGAGUCGUCUUCGGACUGGCGCUGCUCGCAACGGUGGCCAUUUCGGGGCAGGCGCGCGCCGAGGUGAAAGUGGAAAAUGCAGUUCCCGUGGACUCGUCGGCGUUACUAGAGGCGGCUCUAUGCGUGAUGAAGGCCAACCCGGGCCAGUGCGUCCGACAACAGGCCGCCCGUGUGCUUACCAACUGGGAAGACAUUCUCAACGCGAAGAAGAUGGAGAUGUUGGCUGAAGCGGACCAGGAGGUGACAGCCAAGCAGCAAAGCCGUGGUUUAAGCGACGCCGAAAUCGCCCGCGGAAAACCAUCCACUCUCAUGGAGCAGAUCGAGACCGGACUCACCGCAAUAACGGAGUUCGUAUCGGACGGUGUCGACGAAUACGUCGACGACAAGCGCCAGGAGAAGGCGGAAGAGGCGGCCACAUCCAAGACGCACCUGCACCAUCUGCUGAAGCUAGGUAACGCCGGCAACGGCUCGGCCCAGGACGGUGCCUCCGUCGCUCGAGCGGCCGACGACGAGGACUACCGCGAUCAGCUCGCCGCUGUGGAGGAUGGUUUGGUGGAUUACGCUGGCUUGGCGGGCAGCCCGGACAAAGCACUUGGUAGAGGCAAGCAAGAGGGUGACCAAGCGGAUUAUGGGUUUGGUAGUGGCGAACAUAAUGCUGGUUAUGGAGGUGGGUCUCGUAGCGCCAUCGAGGGCGGUAGGACGGCAGCCGGCGACGGCGACGGUACGGUGCAGCGGCAACGGCACGAUGCAACAGGCGAGGCGAUCGAGGGGGGCUCGGUGGGCGAGGCGCGGCGCGGACCAGCUCCGGCGGCCGCCGUGCGCUUCGACGACGACAUCGGUGGACUACGGAGACGACGAAAGCGUAAGGGUAAGAAGAAGAAGACCUUCAUGAAGUUGUUCAUUCUGGGUGCCGCCCUGAAGGCCAAGAUCGAGCUGCUGCUGAAAAUCCUGUCCUUCAAGCUGCAGCUGAAGUUCUUCGCCGUCGCCCUGAUCGGGCUGUUGAUCAACAUCGCUCGGUUCUGGAUCGACUUCAAGAAGCAGCCUUCCCCGCAGAAGGUUAUCUACUACGAGCACGCACAGCAUCAGCAUCACUACGACGAUCACGGUGACGGAGACUUCGGUGGCUACUGGAAGCGCUCGCUGCACGCCGUGAACGACGACGAGCCUUACCAGGGUGGACACGAUCGCUCGGAGCGCUACGACGAACCGUACCCGUACCGGAGUCCAAAGUACGCUCCGACUGGAAACCACUACGCGCCCCAGCAUGCCGAUUCGCACGCCAUGGCGUACCAGCAGCAACGGCCAUAUUGA